UUCAUAAGUUACUGCAUCUUAUAGCAGAUUUCACACUAGUUCAAUUUUAUCUCUUCUAUAUGCCACCCUUGAUUCUUAAAUUCAUUGUCCAUGGAUCGUCCCAUUUGUUAAGAUGUAAACACGUGCCACCCCUUUAACUGGGAAGUCCAUGUUGCUUUUUAAAUUCAUAUUAUGUCUGGUCAUUUUUUUAAACGAACUGAAUGCAUUUGUGUAACGCUUCGUGAAUGUUGUACAUACAAUAAGUAAAAUCUUUUGAAUUCAAUUAAAAAUUUAAAAAUAACGAAAUGUUUAUACGACAAAAUUACGAAUGCAGCGGUGUAAAUUAAUGUCGGAAGAAGAACGAAAAUACACAUAUUCAUUUAAAUAUGUUCGUAUCACACAUUAUAAUUAUUGAUAUUUAUUUAAAUUAUACGUGCAAGGAAUUACUAUCAAGUAUUCUAUUUUUGAAACAAAUGUGUCAAACUUGAAAACUAUAUGAAUGACAGUGAUAUGACAACUUGCGAUUGGGAGCAUCAUUAUAACGUUGUUUGAAUAUUAUGCAUGUUACAUUAAUGUAAUCUACAAAAAAGUAUGACCUAAAAUUUUGUCAUUAAAAUGGAAGUGUGUUGGUUGUCUCGAGUUAUAGCUCAUCAUCCUUAUACCAUUUUAUUGGGAAUACUUAUAUUCUCUUCAACAUGCUUAAUCGUUCCCUUAGCUGUGAAAAAAUUCCCUGAUUUUUCUGACCCUCAAUUAGGCUUUGAAGCAAGAGGUACAACAUUAGCCCAACGGCUUAUUGCUUGGCAAAAUUUAAUGGAAGCAAGUAAAUCAGGAGGACAGCUUACUGAUAACCCUUUAGAAUAUUAUAAUUAUCUACGCCUACAAAAGCAACAGAAUAGAAAAAGAAAGAAGGGAAAAAAGUGUCAAAAACAUGUUAUCAAUGACAAGAAAGAAACAAAUGAAACUGAUGUCAAAGAUAAAUGGGAAGAACUAAUAAAAUUAAAAAAUGAUAAUAGUUUAGAUACAAUAAAAGAAUAUAAAAAUCCAGACCAUGUUGACAGUGAUAGCUUCUUCUGCAAUUUACCUUCUUCCGUUUAUGCUCGAGUGGUUAUUGGUAAAAAUUCGGAAGAUUCAAAUUUAUGGUCAAUGGAAGGUGUAUUAGCACAAUGUUAUAUCGAUGGAGAACUUAGAUCAAAUGUUCACUUUUCUUCCUUGUGUCAAAUGCAAAUGGAACACAAUGGUACAGCACAAAAAUGUUGCAGAAGUUGGUCGCCAGCAAAUUAUGUUGCACUUUUAUCCAAUCGGAGUUCUUGCUUGGGUGUAACAGAAAGUGAUCUCACUCGAGUGGAAACUCUCUUACGAAAAUGUGUAUAUUUCUAUCAAAAUCUUCAGUUAACAUCAAAUUGUGCAGAAGAUUUAAAUUGUCAAAAACAUGUUCCAAGCGAAUGUUAUCUACAUAAUGCAGCUUAUCAUUUACUGCAUUAUUUAUUAGACACUGACUUCAUACCAGAUCAUAAACAUGACUCUAAAACUAAGUCAAAUUUAACUCUGAAGUAUGCAAUGAUAUUUUUACCAAUUGCUGCAAGUUCUGCCACUUUGGAUUUCUAUAGAGAAUUAAACAAUGGUGGUUUAUCAUAUGGAAAGUUCUGUGUAAAAGGAAUGCAAUUAGGUUUAAAAACUACGUUGUUCGAUCGGUUAUUGGUAUCAGAUUCUGUUCUGUUACUUACUGGUUUUGCGUUCGUAACAAUUUGUAUAUGGGCGUAUACUGGCUCCCUGUUUUUAACUGCCACUACCAUUAUUGCUGUUAUCUUUAGCCUAGGCAUUUCAUAUGCACUAUAUACUUUGGUUUUACACAUUAAGUUUUUUCCAUUCAUGAAUUUAUUGGCAAUUGUUGUUGCUGUAGGAAUUGGUGCAGAUGAUGCGUUUAUAUAUUGUAAAAUUUGGGAAAAAGGAAAGCAACAAAAAAUAUCAAAUAAUGGUUUAGUAAAAUUGGUGCAAGAAACAAUGAAACAUGCUGUUCCAUCCAUGUUUGUUACAUCUCUAACUACUGCAGUAGCUUUUUUUGCAUCAGUUGUUAGUAAUGUUACAGCCAUCAACUGUUUUAGCUUAUUUUCGGGAAUGACUGUUAUUGCAAAUUUCUUCUUAAUGAUUACAUGGUUGCCAGCAUGUGUGGUAGUAUCAGAACGAUUCAGCUGGAAUGUUUUGUCUCCUGCAAAUUAUAUAAUGCGAAAAAUUAUUCGACCAUUACGACUGUUUGGAGAGAAAAUAGCAAUAAGUUUUAACAUAUUCCUGACACAAACAGUAUUUGGUUUUCGCUGGUGUUGGUUACUAAGUUUGAGUACCAUAGCAGUAGUAUGUUGUAUAAUUGUUUUUAAAUAUCCGGGCCUACAAUUACCAGAUACUGCUGAGUUCCAAUUAUUUGAUAGUUCACAUUCAUUCGAGAAAUACGAUUUGGUAUAUUCUCGCAAGUUUUGGUUUGAGAAACGUGAAAUGAUUUACAAUGGAGACGUAUUACCGCUAAGAUUCGUAUGGGGUAUCAAACCUAUUGAUAAUGGCAAUUAUUUAGAUCCUAACUUUAUAGGUACACCAGAAUGGGAUGAAUCUUUUGAUAUUUCUCAUCCAGAGUCACAAUUGUGGCUGCAACAAUUUUGCCGAGAUCUGCGGACUCAACCUUUCUAUCGUGAAACUAUGGGACCUUUACUUCCCAAUUGUUUUAUUGAAUCAUUAUAUGAUUGGAUGAAAAGACGUUGCCAGCACCCCAUUAACCCGUAUAUAAAUUACAUGCCAUGUUGUGAAAAGAAUAAAUUUCCAUACAAUUCUAGUGUAUUACAACGAUGUGCAGCUGAAGCUAAUGCAGAUUUCUAUCGUACACCUUUAUAUUUGUGGGCUCGUCAUGGGGUUUCUGCUGGUAUAAAAUUCUUAAAUGAUCCUACUCUCACUCAACUACAAGUUUCAAACGAAACGAAUUCAGUAGUGAUGCCGAUGACUAAAAUCAAAGUUUUAAUUGUUGAAUAUGACAGUGUAUAUAAUUACAGCCUUUCUUAUUCAACUAUGAAUCAAUUUUUUAAUCAGGUUGAAGUUUGGAUGCAAGAUCAGUUAAAAGAAGCACCAUUAGGUAUGCGUGGUGGUUGGUUUGUUAGCAGAUUAGAAUUUUAUGAAUUACAGAGGACGUUAUACGAAGGUACUCUUUGGGCGAUAGGAGUUUCAUUGAUCCUAGCUCUUACAGUUCUGGUAUUCGUAACAUUUAACCCUCUUAUAAGUUUAUAUGCAAUUAUAACAAUUGGAGCAGCAAUCAUAGUAACAGUUGCCGGUCUAAUUCUUCUUGGCUGGAAGCUGAAUGUUUUAGAAAGCGUUGCGGUGUCUACAGCUAUUGGUUUAACUGUAGACUUUAGUUUACAUUAUGUGGUAAGCUAUAGAGCAUGCACGUCAAAAACGAAAGAAGACAGGGUGAAAACAGCACUUUCGCAAAUGGGUGGUCCAACUUUAAUGGCUGCUCUCACAAGCGGUGCAGCUGGUGCUCUUAUGUUACCAUCCUGUGUAUUGGCAUAUAUUCAGAUUGGUAUAUUUCUGUUACUGGUAAUGGGCAUAAGUUGGAUAUACGCUACAUUUUUCUUGUGCCCAUUGUUAGCGAUUAUUGGACCGUCAUCUCAUUUCGCUCAGUUUCAGUAUCCAAGGGCUGACCAUAACAUGGUGGGUCUCAGCACCAAUCGAUGGUUAGAAGCGCUUUGGGAACCAGGAGCCAAAUUGUACACACUGCCAAACGCGCUUGAUAUGUUGGAUGUGACCGGAGAUGGAGAUGCCAGGCUCAUUUGCGCUGAUUUGGGUGCGCUGGGUACUGAUUCGACAAAGAUACGAGUUUACAAAGGAGGCGACCUGAUAACCGAGCACAACAUGGUGGACCGGAUCUGCGGCGUGGUCGGCCUUUACACCGAGAACGGGGAACCCCGAUCGUCGGUGUUAGCUGUCGGCAGUGGUUCCAGCGUUUAUAUCUUCAAAAAUAUGAGGGCUUACUUUAAAUACUGCCUGCCACACAUUGAUGUUCACCCGAAAGAGCGGGAGAUCUGGCACAAGGCAGGAUUAGAAGAAGAACUGAACGUGCUCACGCUGGCCGACGAGCUAGACUUACUGUUGAAAGAACUUGGCGCGGCAUUUAUCUCGCCGCGGACGUUGAAGUUUCUUUCCAUGGAUCCGAGCUUAAGGGCGGGCUUUGCGGAACAGUACAAAGUGAUUCCACUCAUUAAGAGCAACGCGUUGUCCGCAAUUUCCGUCAUCCGAAAGGAUUCUUGGAGUAAUCCGGCCAGCGGUUGCUUGGUGCUUGGCACAGAAUUUGGGGAGGUCAUCGUUUUAGAUCCUCGAACGUUCACUGCCAUGGACAAGCAUUUACUCGAAUGGCCCCCAGUGGCAUUCGCGUGUAUCGGCUUAUGGACAGGCGAUGGCAAGAUAUUAAUCAUCGGUAGGGACGGCAAAAUAGGCGCGAUAAGAAGGGGAUCCCCCGUGAAGCUUUGGGAAAGAUUUUCUGCGCCCGCUGUAGCUAUAUCGGUUCUUAAUAACGAGAACGUUGCGGUGACUCUGAUGGACGGCACCUUAGUAGGUCUUUCGAAGAAGGGCGUUAAACUUUGGAACGUUGACGUUCCUGGGGCGAUCUUGGAUUCGACGAGUUUGCCGGUACCGCAAAGCGGACUAUCGCUGCUCGCCGUGAGUACUGCUGGUUUCGGUAUUCGAGUGUACGAUGGAAAGCACCAUGUAGAUACGUUGAAGAUCAUGGAACCGGUGUCCGCCAUGAAGUACGGCCGAAUGGGCCAAGAAGAGCGAACUAUGGCGAUGAUCACCGUAGGAGGCGGUCUCUGCGUGAAGAUCCUGAAGCGGACCGCCGACUUCAGCAUCCACGAUUCGUCAUCGACUUCGCUGACCAACGAUGGCACAAAAUUCUCGAUACCGAAGAAGACUCGGCUGUUCGUCGAGCAAACGAUACGGGAACGAUCGGAAGCGAAGAAGAUCCACAGCACGUUUCAGCAAGGACUCCUCAGAUUGCGGUUGAUCGUAGCGAAAAAGGCAGUGGAAUCGUUGAACGAAAACCAACAAGCUGGCCCGCGUUGUAUCACCGUGGAGGCUACUGUUUUAGGAUUAGGGCCGAAUUAUCAAAUUCGCAUUUUACUGACGAACGUGUCCGACGAGCUCUCCGACACGGGACUGUACAUCGUUUGCAGAAGCGAGAAUACAGAUGUUAGACCGCGAGUCUUGGAUGUUCCCUUGUUGCCAAGCGGAAUUCCAAUCCCCAUGGCUUUGAACGCAAUCCUGACCAGCAGAAUAUCCGGACGAGUGCAGAUCCUGCUUUGCAAGAAAUCGAGGACGAAACCGAUCAACGUGACUACAGUGGUUUUGCCAGCUGCCGAAGAGGACAUCGAAGUAUAAUUUUCUAUGGAGGUCGAGGAAAGAUUUUCUACGAUGGAUUAGUAUAAUCCGGCGUGAAUAAGAUUGUUCUUUAGGAACUUUCAGUUUGAGCAAAUGCAAACGAUCGAAGAUCGCACCCCUUUGGAGUGGUUAAGGUGAAUGCACCAAUAGUUGACCGGUUAAGAAAAAUUUCCUGCGUGAAUUAUAGCAGCUUGUUCCUUUAUUAAAUAGGGAGACUAUGCGUGAAAAUGCUGUUUGAGUUACAUUAUGUAACAAAGUGAACUCUUUUGAAAUAGUUAUAUUACCCCAAUUUUAUAGACAUUUUUGAAAAUUCGAUAGUUGCACCAGAAGUUAAUCGUUUGAAACGAGAAAGUAAUUGACAGUAUGUUAGUUAAAAGUUGACCAAUUAUAGUAAAAUCAAAAACACUAAAGGUUGCUUUAAUAUUGUUUAUUUGCAAUGACCUUGACAAAUUGCAAGUAAGAAAAUAAAUAGAAAUGGAAAGAAGUUAAUUCUAAGUUGGUAAUUGGAGGCAUACAACCAACGUCAAUGGAAUAAAUUGUUAGUUUUUACGAUAAACAAUUCAAUUCAGGUAAAAAUGUUUCAGAAUUAGGUCAGUAAAUGCUGCACUAUAUCUGCCGCACCUUUCUCGAAAGAUAAUUACUUCUGAAAACUUUAUUUUUUAUUUUCCUGGCAAAUGGUCAACUAUUGAUAGUGCCAAUUACUGGUGCCUUUACCUUAUCUUGGGGAUGAAUAUGCGUACGAGACUUAUUCCGAAUCUUUUAUAUACUGAACUUGGAGAAUUUGUCGAGGGACCGAAUUCAUGUAUUUUUCCAGUUUUAUCUCGCUAAUGAUUAAGUGACGCAGUGUAAUAUUAGGUAAAUUGUGUAUUUGUGCGGCGAGUAGCAUUCGGUCGGUUUUAUCUCGUUUUAUCGCGGUCAGUUACUGGUGAGAAUGCCCGUAUAUGUAACAUUCUAUUUAUAGAGAACUCGUUUUGUAAUUAAAUCCUAUAAAAUUUCAUCUUGAUACUUGUUCAUGUUUUGUAUGUGAUUAAAUGUUUGGCAAAUAAGAAUAUAAGGAAACAGUCGGUAAAAUCACCCUCCCGUCUACCCACCCUCCUUCUGUUAUUCAUAUAUUGUUCGCUACAGCUGAUCGAAAGGAACCCACAUAAAGUGGUAGGCCAAACACGCAAACAUUCCAGUCUAGUGUAGUUAUUUCGUCGUGUACACAGGAUGUACGAUCAGCAUAGUAACAGAAGGAGAAUCGAUAAUUAAUAGGAAGUGAAUGGAGCACGCCCGAUCGAUAGUAGUUU